UUCCACUCUCUCCCGUCUCGUCUCUUCUCUUCUCUGAACUAGGAUGAGUUCUUGCAUUUGGUCACCGUAAGUGAAGAACUGAAGAUCUCGUUUCCGUUUGAAGGGAGUCAAGGAAACGUAUUUUCCCCGUUUCAAUUCAUAUUCCGCCGGAGCUCUUGUCGAUUGGCCGCCUGUUUCGGAAAUUAGGGCUUCUUGGAAAGGAAGGGAAAGUAAAAUUUUGUGUUUAGGUGCGAGUGUAGGUGUAUCUGGUGUUUGAAUUACGGUAUUCAUCAGAGGAGUUUUCGCAGUUUGUUCGGGUCUAGGUCUUAGUUGUGGCCUUUGCGGUGAUGUGAGUAAAGCUGACCUGUGAGGCGGUUGGGCGUGGGGGCGGCGGCUUGCGGGGCUGUAGUUGUGGUUGAGUUAGGGGUUUUCAAUGGGGAGCGCUGGUGAGCCAGACCGAAAGCGGCGUCACUUUAGUUCUUUGUCGCCUACGGCUGUCAUGGCUAAGAAGCAGCCCUUCUCGCACUUCUCCGAUGAUAAAAAGCUUGAUACUGCUGUCCUUCAAUUCCAAAAUCAAAAGCUUCUACAGAAGUUAGAAGCUCAGAAAGUUGAGUACUGCACAUCCGAAAGCAAGUUCUCCCAACUCAAGGAGAAACAGCAGCCUUAUGAUUCCAUAUUAAAAGCAAUCAGUAAAUCCUGGAAAGUGUUGGUUUCCGACUUGGAGAAACACUCCAAACAGAUCAGAGAAUCAAGUAGUUGUAAAGAGUUCAAGAAAAUGCCAUUUACAAAAGAAGAGUUCUCCGCUGUUCCAGAGGACACUUUCCUCCACCGUCUCGUGGAAACAGGUGCAACUGAUAGUUGCUCUGCAAAUAAUAUCCCCGACCAGAUGGAGCAAAGCAGAAUAACUGCUUCUGGUAAUGUUGAGAUUCUAUCAAUGGACAAAGAAAGACCGGAUGCCUCAAAUAAGUUGGGGAAUAUCCUUGAAAAUAUAGUGAUUUCAAUAAAUGAACUUUGGAGCGUAAAGGAUGGGUUGCAUAUUGCAAUGAUGAAGGAACUUUCAAAUGAUGGUACAUGCAGGCAAAAGUCGUCUACUAAAUUAGUUAUGGAAGUUAAGAAUUUGAGAUCAGCAUUAAGUGACAUUCAUAUAAGGCAUAAGUCACUGUCGAGGGACUUGCAGGGAAAGCGGGAUACUGAUGUCAGGAAUAAAGUGCAGCUUAAGCAAUUAAAAGGGGAAUUGGAGACUUCGGUUAUUGAGUUACAGGGCACUAAAUGCAAAAUGGCAACUCUCAAGGCGGAGGGAGAUGCAACAAAAGGGAUGUUAUUUCCUGUCCUAAACCUAGGAAGUAAACAUGGUGGUGGUGAUAGGGGUAGAGAGAAACAGAAAGGUCUUCAUGAAAUGGAAUCUUCUCUCAAAGAUGUCUCGGAACAAGCUUGCUCUCGGUUGGUGGCAUUAAAAGCUUUACAUAAUGAGAGGAUAAAAGUGCUGGAGCAGUUGUCUGAUCUACAGAACUCAUUGAAGAAUAUUAAGUGCAUCUCUUCCUCGCAUGCCUAUCUUUUGGUGAGAGAUCAAUUGGAAAAGUCAAAAUCAGAAGUGUCGCGAUAUCAGGCCAUUUCUGAGAGAAUACAGCUCUUAUGCCUGACUGCAGAUGUUCUGUGCACGUUUCAGGUUGAAAAGGAUAAUCUUAUGUGGAGGGAAAGGGAACUAAACAUAAAAAAUGAUUUGCUUGAUGUUUAUCGAAGAUAUUCUGCAGUUGCUUCUUCAAAGCUAUCUGAGUUAGAGUCGGAGAUAAGGAAACAGAUCAAUGAACAGAAUAUGAUUAAGGAUAAGUUGGAUGAGGCUUUAACAGAACCCGGGAGGAAGGAAGUUAUUGCAGAGUUUAAAGUACUGCUGUCAUUGUUCCCUGAUGAUAUGAGUGGUAUGCAACGCCGAUUAAGCAGUUAUAAAGAGGCUGCCUCAGAAAUUCAUACUUUGCGAGCUGAUGUGCAAAGUCUUUCAGAAGUUCUUGAUAGGAAGGCAAAGGAGUGUACGAGUUCAUCUGUGAGGUCAACAAAUCAAGUUUCUGAGAUAGAAAAGUUGCAGUCCCUGGUCAAGGAUCUAAAGGAAAGUGUAGAAGAGCUGAAGAUAAUUUCAGACAUGUAUAGGCGUGAAUCAACAGAUUCAAGCAGGGAUGUUAGCGAGAGUCAAGAUUCGGAAUACCAGGCGUGGGCUCAAGUUGAAAGCUUGAAGUUAUCUCUUGAUGAGCAGAACUUGGAAUUACGUGUUAAGACUGCAAUUGAAGUUGAGGCCAUCACACAGCAGAAGCUGGCUGCUGCAGAAGCUGAGAUUGCCGACUCGAGAGAGAAAUUGGAAACUUCCAAAAGGGAAAUGUCCAAGCUUUCUGAUGUCCUCAAAGCCAAAAGUGAAGAAAAUGAAGCGUAUUUAUCCGAAAUAGAGACUAUUGGACAAGCCUAUGAUGACAUGCAAACCCAAAACCAACAUCUUUUGCAGCAAGUCACUGAGCGAGAUGACUAUAACAUCAAGCUUGUGCUAGAGGGUGUGCGAGCAAGACAGCUGCAUGACUCUCUAACGACUGACAAGUUAUCCCUGGAAAGGGGAAUGAAGCAAGCCAAAGUUUCUCUUGACUUUUACAAGGUCAAGGCUGCAAAAAUUGAAGACCAGUUAAAAAGCUCUUCUGAUCAGGUUCAGAAGCUUGUUGGAGACAAAUUUGAGAAUUUAGUCACAUUAGAGAAUGUGCAGAAAAGAUUGCAAGAUAUAAGGAGAUCAGCUAAGCAAGGGAGGGAAGUGCUUGAUGGCUCACAAUCUAAAGUUGAGGAUAGGCGAAUGACUCUGGCUGAGCUGCAAAUACAUGUGGAAAAAGAGAGAUUUGAGAAGAGAAGAAGAGAGGAGGAAUUAGAAAUAUCAAGAAGAAAGCUUUCAUGCCUUAGAGAUGAGCUAGAGCGUUCAUCUAUCUUGGAGAAGCUUCGACGGGAACUAAGAGAAUACAGAGAAAUAGUGAAGUGCGGUGUCUGCCAUGACAGACCCAAAGAGGUUGUCAUCACAAAAUGCUAUCACUUGUUCUGCAACCCUUGUGUUCAAAAAGUCACCGAAAGUCGUCAUCGCAAGUGUCCUGUUUGUGCUGCAAGUUUUGGACAAAACGAUGUGAAGCCGGUCUAUAUAUGACAAAAUUGGAGAUUCAUCGUCCCUCUAAAAGUAGAGUCUGCUGCAUAAUUAGACCACAGGUUCAUGCCUAUUGUCUACCUUGGAUGGAUUGUUGAAGAGGAAUGCCCAUUAGGUUCUUCUUGUUUGUAGCACUUGAUUGUCAUAAGAUUGUUCAAGGUUAUUGAUUUCUGUUAAGGUUUGUUUGUUCGCACUAGCUAGCUGAUAUCUUGCAUCAUAUUCAUAAGUGAUUGAAGCCACUGGAUCCCUUCCCAGUUUAGACAUCAGGACGGUGGUGGAAGUGCUACGAGGGGAACGCAUUUGAGGCUCUAGCUGUGAUGCUGAAUCAAUGUCUGUCUUCCCAAGCCUCGUAACAACAGCUAAUGUGAACUUGUAAAAUUGUUACUGGCUGUCCUUUUUCGUUGUUUGGUUAGUUUCACUGAACUCACUGGGAUAAUUGACUAGAGUUUUCUGUGUACAGGAUUGUGGUAUUAGAGAGUGUACACCAGUAUCAUUUGUUUCCUUGCUCUGUAAACUAGAGAUUGUUAUAGUUUGUGCUGUGGAUGUAUAUAUACAGCCUGAAUGUUGGGUGAAAUCUAUCAUUCGUUAUUCGUUAAACUCAGGCUUCGCUUUGGGUUU